CGCCAAGUUUGCCCAAUCUCUCGGCGGCUAUCUAUAGUCAAACAGAAUGACUUGCGAUGAUUCUUUCGAUGACGGUGAUUGUGUCGAGCAAGACCUGAUUGAUGUCUUAGAUCAAGCGGAGAGAGCUUACCGCAUUCCAUUUUUACAAGCAGAGGACGCGGAAGAAGAGAAACCUCUGUCUCCCGUGUCGAACCAGCGUUCAGACUUUGCAGUCCCGUCUUUAAGCACUCCACUCACAGGCGCAGUCGGACAAAGAACGGCGGUGGAUGACAUUGUGACCCUCACACGAGAAGAGCUUGAGACGAUCAAGCGCGAUGCCUUCAUUGCCGGCCUCAAAUUCGCCCAAAAAUCUCAAUUGAUCUUCCCAUUCCUAAAUCUCCCAGCGGAGCUGCGUCUCGUCUUUUACAGGCAUUACUUCCUAGACCGCAAUCCCCAAACGUUUGAAAACUGUGCAGCGGCACUCCCAAAUAGAUUGAACGAUCCAGUGCAUUGCUGUAGCCCAGAGAGCACAUGGUGCAAAACAGUUCGUCCAUGGAUAUCGACAAGUCUUAUGCUUGCAUGCAAGCAGAUCUACUACGAGACGCGGGAUGAAUACUUGUACAAGAACCGAGUAUUUAAAGCCUCAAUAGGAAGGUUUGAUGACCGCUUCAAGGAAAUGAGGCCGCAUCUGAGGUUUUGGCAAUAUAUCCAGCACUUUGAACUUGAGCUCACCCCGGAGAUCAAUCAGAGUGCUCGACAUGAGACCGGCGCAUUGAUCGUGGACUUGAUUGCGCUGCUGCGUGGAGGCAAAAACUUGAAGUCAUUCAAGCUCACGUAUAUGGCCAACGAACGCAUACAGAGCAUCUCUCGAUUCGAAGACCUGAGCAUUCAGGGGAACGUGAGCCUUACGCAGUCGUUCAGAGAUUGGCUUAAACCGGGUCCCAAGGAGGAAUUGGAGCGCAAAGACAGAUUAGAGAAGUUGUUGUUUGGGAUCCUGGGCUGCGCAUCGUACAACGCACCGCCGUACGACUGUAUCAUCUCCUUGAGGGAGGUUGAGACAGACGUUACAUACCUGCAUCCUGACACGCCCCGAUACGAGACGUUCAUUACGUUAUCAACCAGCAUUGAUUAAUUCAAAGACGAUGCUCGCAUCUUUCAACAGAUAUGCACUAAAACUCCAGUUCGAGAAUGCUUCCGCAAUAUUCUCAGGGUGACUUGCGUGGUAUUCUUGUUGUGUGAAGCCUACUACAGAGCUCUGUGGAGCAAUGCAGAGCUCUUCCACUGUUAGUUGCGGCCUUAUAGCUUCGUCAAAACCCGUAAAGUGGCUUGCUGAUACAUCAGCGACUCUUAGACUUGAGGAUUAACGAAUUGAGUUUCUUGUCUAUGUCUCGAUGCGCUAUCAACAUAGAGCUGUGUUAGUCGUAUAUUAGUCUUUAAAAUGCGCAUGAAUGCCAAAUCAAAUAAUCUUCGGCUAUAUUGCAAUGUUCAAAAUUCUAACAUUUCUCCCUCGACAUUGCAGACUUUUUCGCUUCGAAGAUGAGCGUGGUGGAAAGUUUCGAUGACGCGUCGAAGUUGUAUACUAAAAUAUCGACGAAGGAGCCUAAACACGAAGAAUAUAAGGCGCUUACAAUUAUUUUCGGAGAUGGAUUAAUAUAUUU